AUGCAGGCGACGCGCGCCAGACCGAUGAUCAACAUCGCGAAGGUGAGCGACUGGCUCACCCGCAACGCAAAUGAACAGCUCUAUCCGCGCCUCUUAAAGAACCAAUCCUUCAAAAUCAACGCAGAAGGCUUCGGCGAUCCGCGCUACCCUUCAAUCGAAAGCACUCCAUCCCGACCUGGUUCCAGCUCAAACUUCCUCCAAGGCGAUGCCGCCAUAGACUCCGGCAAAAGAAAAGCCCCCUCCAUCAUGAGCAACAUGAGCCAGCGCGACCGGGACAUCCGCCAAGGCGUCCUGCACGUGCAACGUAAGCGCCUCGACGCGCUCUCAGACUACGCGUUACGCGAUUUCGAAAGCACAGGAUUCAUCAUGCCAGCCGACUCUGAUCUGCAAUAG